UCUUCCCUCCCGCCUGCCGCAAAGCAGGGCAUCUUCCAGGGUCACCUGCGGGUCCCCUUUCCCCCCACCCCAUCGUCCCCCGAAUCACAAGGUCUCCCAGCGCCAUGGGCCCCCAUGGACAUCCAAAAGACGCCAGCCCAGAAUGCGCCAGAUGCGCCAGAUGCCCCAAUCCUGAGCCAGCCGGAACCCUCCCAAGUCCCAACGGGUGGUGACCUUGUGCUGUCCGUCCUGGGAAGCUGCAGCUUGCAUCUGCAUCCAGCAGCAACCCGGGCAGCAGCGGCGGCGUUCGUCUUGCGUUUCUCCAAAAAAAAGAUCUCCAACCACAACUUUCCCAUUUCUUCCCUCUUUCUUUUCUUCAUUAUCUUCAUCGUCCCGCCCACAACUCCACGUCCUGUCGCACACAUCCCGGCACAUAGCAACCCCGAAGCCCCGAGAUCUUCCUCCCCUCCCAAAGAUACCAUACUCCCCGCAGCUGUUGCUAUCGCCAACAGAAACCAAGAAGAAACGUAA